GUUUUCAGCUCAACGACCUUUCUACUAGACAUGACUCAGAUCCAUGAAGACGCGCCAGCGCGUGGCCCAACGCUCCAGCGUCUUCGAUGGACGCACCAGAUCGCGGGGCUUGUCUACAUGUACCUCUCCCUUGCCACGGGGCUCUACUACGUGUACGUGCUCACGCCGACGUUUGGGAACGAUCUCUGGUGGGCCAACUACAAUGUGAGUGGCCACCAGUCCUUCCUCGUCGACGUCGUCAACCGAGCACUCGCCACAUCACGCAACGGCAGCCUCGACCUCUUUGCUCCGGCUAGUGCCAUGCGCAAGACGUAUACAUCGCUCGUACCAACGACGUCCAUCUACCACACAUAUCCGUGGCGCGUCAUUCUCAGCGAGUUUGUCACGAUCGAGUACGCCGUGGCCAACCUCCGGACGAUCUCGGCGUCGUGGAGCAUGCGCAUGAUGACGCAAUACUGCUGGGUCGACUUUGAGAAGCGGUGGGAGGUCGCCCACACGGCCAAGCGCGUCGCUCGGUGCCACGCCCAGUAUACCACCAACGGUGCCGCAUACCUCGAAACCGUCCUUCGCAAUGUCGUGUGGGACGACUUUCUCGCAACGUGGUGCGGUCCCGCGAACGAAUUCACCGUCGCGGUCCAAGACGCGCUGCUCGAGACGAGUGCGGGUGUCGCAUGGCUCGACGCGACGGCCGUUGCGCGCGACACGACGUCGAUUGACGACGAGAAGGCCUACUGGCGGCAGCACCGCAUAACGUAUUUUCAGCUGCAGUGGGCCAACCGGCGCGGGCCCGGAAUCACCGAGUCGAUGGUGCUCACGAACGCGCUCGGCAUCGAGCAAGUCGUGACGUUGAAGAACAUGGACAUGCCCACGGGCCCGUGGUCGUCGCAGAUCAUGUACUGGCGCUUCAUCAACGACAUUUUCGUGCUCCAGACGCACAACCGGAGCUUGGUGCGGCAGUCGCCGAAUCAUUUUGAGCGGAAUUUCUCGACCAUGCCGGCGUUGGAUUUGGAAGUUUACCAAGGACUCUGUACCGCGGCCUUGGGCUGCGUCGGCGCCAUCAACCUCCUGCACACCCAACUCGGACCGUUCUUGAGCGUCGACAUGUUUUACAUGGGUGUGCCACACGCCUUGCGUGAUGCAUACGCUGCCUACAACGCCGUACUGCAACCGCUGCUCGUGUACAAUGAGAGCGCUCGAGCGCUCUACGACGCCGUCCCCGAGCUUGUCGUCGCACCGACACCGCCGUCGUGGCGGCAGCCGAAUUGGACCUUCUACGGGGGUAAUCCCAUGUGUGUUCGACGCAAAGGCUCGUCGUACGUGCAGCAGUCGUUCGACUUUUCCGACGCGUGCAGCGGGACGCCGCCGCUCACGGUGUCCUUCUCCAAGGACGCAGCGGUAUUUGCGCUGCUACUACACUCCUCGUCCGUGUCCAAGGCGGACAUUUGUGCGUUGACCACGUCCCAACGUGCGUGCACCGAAUUUCUUUCAAGCGCCCAAGCGUUAGCGACAUGUUUGCCACAGAUACCAGACGCGGACGCGGUCGACGCCGCCAUGUUGUCAGCGUCCGUGUCCUUUCUGCAACUGGCGACCAACGCAUCGUCCAACUGGAUGCUACUGUAUCAACCGCUCCUCGACGCGUCGUCGCCAGCCUGGUCGUUCUUUGGACGCGUGUGCUUCUUUGACUAUAUCAUUGGUCGGCGCGAGGUCGUGUCGUUCCAAGGUGACGUCUCGAACGCGACAAUCAUGUCCAACGCGUACGCUGCGGUGGCAUAUUCAACCGGCCAGGAUGAAGCGUCACUCAAGAAAUCGACGCGCCUCGUCAUCUAUUUUGUCAUGUAUACGAGUGCGAUGGUCACUGGUGUUGUCGGCCUCGCGUCGCUCUAUGCAAUCUCGAGCCGACUGCACUUUGUCGGACGCAACCUCUUGUACUUUAACCGGAUCGUCGGUUCGGUCUGGCUCGGGCGACCAUUGCAGUGGCUUCGGGGCGUCACGGCGCUUUGCAUGCUCAGCACGGCGCCCGUCGAGCUCGUCUUGGAGCAUGGAUACACGCGGCUGGCGCAGGCACCGCGAUCCCUAUUCAUGAGUGCGAUCGUGACGGGCGAGGCGACGUGGAUCAUCUACGUCAUCAACGACAUUCUCUUGCUCGUGUUUUCGCCGGAAAUGACGCGUUUGUUUGCUCCGCUGAGCAGCCUUGGUGUGUGGGUGGCGCUCUUCGCCGUCGAUGUCGCGGCACCGCUUUCCGUGACAGCGACACUCAACCGCGCAUGUUAUAGCACCGACAUGGACUACUACCUCUACUGCGAGAGCGCGGCGAUUGCGGUUGGCAGCUCCAUGCGGCUAACGUGCCUUGUUGGCAUCCAAGGCGUUGGCGUCCUGGCCGCCGUUGUCAUUGCGUGGCUCUAUGACCGGUCGCGACGCGGCGCCGAGCUCCUUGGGGGGCCGUCCCCCCCGCUCUCGGUCGCCGGCGUCUGCACCGUGUACACGACGUCGAUCCUCGCCCACGCGUGGCGCAUGGACACGGUCGUGAGUGUCCUCUCGGGCAUGAUUCCGCUGCGCCUCGAGUCCGAACACUACCUCUUUGACAUCAAGUCGUGGAGCUGGAUUGUCGACACGAUCACGCACGAGCGGGCGGCACCGAUUGCGCCGUUGAUGGCCCCCCGAACCGCCAGUCUUCCGGUGCAAGCGUCGCUCGAGGUGCAAGCCAAGCGAUCGCGGGCGAGCCUGCUCGCUGUGCUCUUUGGCUUGACGUAUAUGGUCACUUCGAUUCUCGGGAGUGUUUCGUACAUUGCUGUGUCCGAGACGGACCUCGCGAACGACAUUUGGUGGGCGACCUUCAACAUCACGGGCACACACGUGUUUCUAGCCAACUGGUUCAACGGGCAGCUCUAUAUGGGCGCAGAGCUCCCGAGCUUUAGCCUUGCGAGCCCCAAUAUUUCACAGCUGGGGUCGUUUGAGUCGUCGACAUCUGUGUUUGUGCUCUCGGCCGACAACUUUGGCUCGAAUCUCCAGCACACGCAGCUCAACACGCUACCUACCAUCAUUGCCGGUCUGCGAUCGAUGGACGCCUGCACCCACGCACCGUGGAUCUUUACGCAGUACUGCUUCCUCGACUUUCAACAGACAUGGCCCAUGGCCAACUCGGCGCGGCGCCAGGAACGCUGUGCCAGCAUGACGACCAACGGCGCCGUCUACCUCGAGAGCCUGCUUCGCAACGUCAACUGGGACGACUGGCAGCCGUGCUGGGGCCCCGCCUUCCAGAUUGCUAUUGCCAACGACCUCCAGACAUCUUUGGACGGUCAGCGCUGGCUACACCAGAUGCAAGCACAAAAUCCCUUGUCGAUUGCAGAUGAAGCGACCUACUGGCGUACGUUUGACAUCGCAACCUACGAUGUGCAGUGGCAAAACUACAAGCAAAUCGGGCUCCUCAGCUCGUACAGCGUCGAGUCGGCGUACGGACUCGUCUUCCCACUCACGCUCCACUCCAUCAAUGGUUCGUACCGAUUCCAGUCGCAAACGUCGUUCAAGGGGUAUUGGGCGCUCGCAAGCGAUCUGGCAGCAGUGACUUCCAACACCAGUGGGAUUGGCGGCAUGUCGCUGCUGCGGUCCAGCCACCGCUAUGCGUUUGCCAAUACCUCCAUGACCUCUGUGCUCACACGCAACGCGACGCUGAGUGCGCCACUGGCCGGCAGCUUCGUCCUUAUCCAAGAUAUGGUCGGCCCGUUUGGCUCGAUCGAUAUGCUCUACGUUGGUGUCCCCCGCGUGCUCAACAUUGACAUGAUCGACCUGAUCAACGCCAUUCGCGCUGCGUCCAUGGCGUCCGACGCAUCCCAGCGUGCCUACGCCAGCCUCAUCGUGCCCGACUCCAUGUAUGUGACGCCUGGCAUCUGGCUCUACUCCAAGUGGAUCUCGUUCGGGGGCUCGCCGCUCUGUGCUGAUAUUGGCCUUUCGACUGGUAUUGCUGUCACAUCUGGUAUGUUGAACCUGCUCUCGUCCAACAAGCCGUGCUCGUUGUCCCGUGGCCAAGCACGCAGCGGGCCAACCACCGAGUUUAUGGUCGUCGCGACCAUCAUGGCGUCGUUGACGCGAAAUAGCAACUUUACCGGCAUCUGCGAGCUCGACACGGCGUCGACGAGCCACUGUGUGCCUGAUAUGCUCGCGACCGUCGAGUUUGUUCGCAUCUACAUGCCGUCCAUCAAUGGGCCGUCCAUCGCCGCGUCCAGAGCCCGUGUGCAGCAGCUGCACAUUCAGCUGAUUCAGUUUAUGCGGCGCAACUUGUCGUCGCCGCUGUUUCUCACAUCGUACGAGCUCUCGGAAACGCCCGAUGACUUUGCGUUUGCUUCGUGGAUUCUUCUCAUGGAGUGGAUCGCGGGCGUGCGCGAAGUCGUCCAACUAGUUGGGGAUCACGGCACGCUCACGGUCCUCGGCGAAUUGCUCUUACCGGCGCAGCAGAAAGUGCACCCGUACGAGAUCCCGACGUCCGGCGCGACGUAUGCUCGUGCCGCGGUCCAGUACAUCACUGCGGUCGUCAUUCUCGUCGCGGGUCUCACGGUUGCCUACAUCAUCACGAGCCGCGGACGCAUCGAAGGCCGCAACAUGUUCUCACUUGGUAGCGUCGGCGGCGUGGUGUGGAUUGGCCGACCGCUGCUCUUUCUUCGGAGCAUCACGGCCAUUGGCAUUCUAUCUACCGGGACGCUCUCCCUCGAGUUCAACGGCUACUUGAGCUACCUGCACGUGUCGGUGACGCCGUGGUACCAGACGCUCAUUGAAGCGAACGAGCUCACGUGGCUGGCGGCCGUUGUCAACGACAUUUUCAUUGCGUACACGCGUGAGUACAACCGAUACUACAACGCGAUCAACAUUGCGCUUGUGUGGCUUGUCGCGGGCUGCGUGAGCUUGCGCCACCCCGCGCACCAUGUAGCGUCAAUGCAGCGCGCGGUCGACUCGUGCGACGUUGUCGAAGUUGACUUUCAGAUGGUAUGUCGCAGCGUUCAGAUUCAGAUUGGGCAGUUUUCCCGCUUGCUAUUGCUGAUUGGGAUCGUGUUUGCUGUCAAGCUCUUUUGUUAUGUGGUGACGCGACUUUAUAUUGGCGAGCCGACACCGGCCCGCGCCCAAUCGAUCGUGCUCUACGCCGGCGCCAAAUUUCUAUUUCGCCACAAAACGUGGAUCUACCAUGAUGUCUACUACUUGGACCGCGCGUCGGCGCUCUUGAAUGGUAUGGUCACGCUGCGCUGGCGCGAAGCGCUCUAUGUACUCGAUAUCAAGACGUGGCGCGUCUUUGGCGUCGACAUGGAUCGUGUGCCCGCCAACGCGGGACGACAUGUACGGGGCGCCAUCCCGCUCCAAAACUCGACCGACCGCGACAGCUCGUUUCUGCCCGUGGGUCCCUUGGCCAAGCCGUGAGAGACCAUCGACAUCCGCUCCUCUCGCUCGCCAGAGAGUCGCUGCUAUCGACGGCCCUUCAGAAGCUUCUGCGACCACUCAUUUCUGUUAGAUAGUAUACUGUACAGACGUAAACAAGUACAUUCGUUAUCUUUGUGA